UUGUUACAAAUAGUCAGAGUGAACCGACAUAUUUUGUAUGUGUGGAUAAACGUGUUUAAGUCGAGUUGCGUCAACUUUCGGGAUGUUUCACCGCAGACUCAGCUCACGUUAGCCGACAUUGCUAAAGGGAGUUAGCGUAGCUUGCUAACAGGAAACAGCCGGAAGUGGAACAUCUGAAAUUUCUCCCGGUGUCCUACGAAGCUAAUGGCGCUAAGUUAGCCUGCUAGCUGGAAAGAGACGGAGGUGAACGGGAUCUGUUUCUCUGGAGGAAAAGUUGGUGCUGUGAGUUUGUAAAAAUGUCUAAAGUCCAAACGCUGAGAGCUUUUGUCAACCAGCGACUCACUUUGGCCGCUGAAGAGAUUUUUGAGCUGUUUGAAAGAACGAUAGCAGACUACGAGGAGGAAGUUUGUCGACAACGCAAACUACUGGACGCUGUUCUCCAGCCUGAAGUCCGCUUACACAGAGCCGACGUGGAGCUGCGGUCGGUGAGUGAAGGAGAGGAUCCCCCUGAGCGGCAGGACUGGAGCCCCAGUCUGGUCCAGGAGGAUCCACCAGAGCUGCCACACAUUAAAGAGGAACAGGAGGAACUGUGGACCGGUCAGGAGGGAGAGCAGCUUCGAGGGCCGGAGGAGGCUGAUGUCAUGGAGGCCACGUUCACUCCUGUCUCUGUGAAGAGUGAAGAAGACGAUGAAGAGAAACCUCAGUCCUCUCAGCUUCAUCAAAGACAGACUGAAGAGAUGAAAACAGAAGCUGAUGGAGAGGACUGUGGAGGACCAGAACCAGCCAGGAGCUCAGAUCCAGAUACCCAACCAGAUACUGACCACAAGAGUUCAACCUCCUCUGACUGUGAGACUGAUGACAGCUGUGACUGGGAGGACAGCAGAGAACCUCGGUCAGGUUUAAACCCUCUGCAGGACAAUGAAGGACAUCAGCAGAAACACAAUGGACUCCAAACAGGAGAGAAACCAUUUAGCUGCUCAGUUUGUGGUAGAAGAUACCUCAGGAAGAAAUCGUUAAGGGAUCACAUGAGGCUUCAUUCAGAAGGAAAAUAUUUCAGCUGCUCAGUUUGUCAAAAAACUUUUCAGUGGAGGAAACAUCUUGUGCGGCACAUGAGAGUCCACACGGGGGAAAAACCUUUCAGCUGCUCAGUUUGUAAAGCAAGUUUCAAAGUCAGCAGCAAUUUGUCCCAACACAUGUGGAUCCACACUGAGGAAAAAUCAUUUAGUUGCUCCGUUUGUGGAAGAAAAUUUUCACAAAAGCCAGCUCUGAGACAACACAUGAGAAUCCACGCAGGAGAGAAACCUUUCAGCUGCUCAGUUUGUGGUAGAAGUUACCACAGGAAGGACACGUUAACGGAUCACAUGAGGCUUCAUUCAGAAGGAAGACGAUUUAGCUGCUCAGUUUGUCAGAAAAAAUUUCAGUGGAGAGGAGAUGUUGUGACACACAUGAGAGUCCACACUGGAGAAAAACCCUUCAGCUGUUCUGUCUGUGGAAGAAAAUUUUCACAAAAGGGACACUUGAGAGAGCACAUGAGAAUCCACACUGGAGAGAAACCUUUCAGCUGUUCUGCCUGUGAUAAAAGAUUCACUCGGCAUCAUCACUUAAAACAUCACAAGUGUGUCGGUGAGAGCAGCAGGAGUAAAUGAAGCUGCAGAGCUGCUCGUCGAGCCACUUUGUUCCAGCAGGAUGUGAUUAAACACUGAACAAGUUUGACUUCUAACGGGUCCCACAUGCUCUUCUUUGUUGUCACAGCGUUUAUUUCAGUGUGUUUAUGUGUUUCAUACCUCUGAGAUGAUCUCUCAUGCCCGUCAUGUCAAGUUGCUCUGCUGAUUUUUUGUUUUUUACAGUUUGGGGAGCUGAUUUAUCUAAUUUUGUUUUGAUCUUUUCUGUUUUAUCCAAACAGUCAAUAAUCAGCAGAUGAUUCCAGAAUGAAAAUAAUCUUUAGCUUCAAAAUAGUUGAAAAUGAGCUCAGCCAAGCUGCAGCACAGCAACAGUUUGGUGCCACCUGGUGGUGGAAGGUUAAACUGAACUCUGUGGUCGAUGUGUGAGCUGCUCAUCACAGAAGGAAUACAUUGUGAAUAUUACAAAAGAAAAGAAUAAACAUGCAAACUAUUUCACAUUUAAAUGUUCCGUACAAGUUCACAGUACCUGAGUUAUGCUGACAGACUGAACGAUCCAACAGCACAGAAAACAACUGCUGCUUAAACUGAAGUCAAAUGUUCCUUUAUACUAAGUGUCCAUAUUUAUAAUAAUAAACAUAUUUUGCUGAAA